AUGGAGCUGCCGGAGGGUAUCGGGACCCCCCCACCCCCUCCCGGGACCCCCCCCCGUUCCCCCUCAGGGUCCCCCCCGCCCCCCCCGCUCUGCCGGGAGCUGUGGGGUUCCCGUGAAGCCGCUCGUUACCAAGGGGACCCCCGGGGGGGGCUCCAGCGCCUCAUCCCCCCCGGUGUCUGCCCGCCCUCCGGCCUGCGCCGCGCUGCCGCUCGGGUGCUGCUGCCCCAGGGGUACCCCGAGAGCGUCAGCCCCGAUUACCUGCAGUACCAGUGCUGGGACGCCCUGCAGGCGCUGUGCAGCACGCUGGCGGGGGCUCUGGCCACCCGGGCCGUGCUCCAGGCCGUGGGGGUGGGUGACAGCGCCGCCACCGUCACCGGGGCCACCGUCACCUGGGUGCUGCGCGACGGGGUGGGGAUAGUGACCCGCAUCACCUUCGCCUGGAUCCAGGGGAGCCGCCUGGACUGUGAGGCCAAGCAGUGGCGGCUGGCCGCCGACGCGCUGAACGACGCCGCGUUGGUGCUGGAGCUGCUGGCGCCCGCCUGGCCCCGCGCUGGCCCCGCCCUCCUGGCGCUGGCGGCCGCUGCCAAGUGCAUUGUGGGAGUGGCGGGCGGGGCCACGCGGGCGGCGCUGGCCGUGCACCAGGCGCGGAGGGACAACGUGGCCGACGUGGCCGCCAAGGACGGCAGCCAGGAGACGCUGGUGAACGGGCUGGGGCUGGCGCUGGCGCUGCUGCUGCUGCCGCUGCUGGAGGGGCGGCCAUGGCUGACGUGGGGGGCGGUGCUGCUGCUGCUGGGCACCCACCUGGGCGCCAACCUGGGGGCGGUGGGGACCCUGCGCCUGCCCACCCUCAACAGACCCCGCCUCCGCCUGGCGCUGGGCGGGGCCCUGAGGGGCGGGGCCGCGGGGGGAGGGGCCGCGGGGGGAGGGGCCGGCCAACCCCACCCAACCGCAGGGGGCGGAGUCACCGACGUCACCGUCCCCGGGCCCGAGGACGUCAACCCCCGCGAACCCCUGCUGCCCGGCUUCAGCACCCGCCUCAGCCUCCACCUGGGUGCCCCCCUGCACCGGCUGGUCAGCAGCGAGGCGGAGCUGCGGAAGGCGCUGGAGUGCGGCACCGACGAUUACAUCAUCGUGCUGCGCCCUUCCCGAGGCUGGGUGGGGGUGGGGCUGCGACGGGGGGCCCCCCCCGACACCCCCUUGCGCGCCUGCGCCCACGCGCUGCUGCUGGAGGAGCUGUUGGGUGCCGACCUGCCCCCGGGGGCACCCAUGGGUGCUGCCCUGCGCCCGCUGCAGCACCGCCUGCGCCGCUGCCCGCCGGGCUCGGUGCCCUGGGGGGUCGUGGCCGAGAGCUCCCGCCUCUGGCGCACGCUGGGCCCCGCCUUCCUGCGCGGGCUGGAGGCCGCCGGUUGGGAGACGCAGCGACACCUCCUGGCCCCCGACGAAUGGCAGCUCGACUGGGCGGGGCCGGGGGGCGGGGUCGAGGAGAAGCCCCGCCCCUUGCCCCGCCCCCAAUAACCGGACCAGGGAGGGGGGGGGAGGGGCCAAACCCCACCGGUUUUCGCCAACGGGUCCAAAAAACAACCCCCAAAAAAACCAAAAACCACCCAAAAAAUUCAGUAUUUUGGGGUUGUUGGUAGAAA